CAAAAUCUUAUACGUGAUUAUAUCUCACCACGAAAAUUUAUUUACAAAGCUUCGAUUAUUUUAUAAAUCAACGAACACUCAAGUGGUGCAUCAAUCACCACAGUGGGCAUAGUAGCUGUAAUAUAAAAUCCAGCAUUUGUCAAUAAAAUCUGAUUACAGCGCCUCUAGCUGCGAAAUAGAGAACAAGAACUCUAAACAUGCUUAUGCAUCGUAUUAUUAGAUUAAUUAAAAGUCGUAAUUUUCCAAUUUUAAAUAGGAUAAACGAAUGUAAUUAUACCAAGUUAAAUAAUGGAAAAACCAUAGGUUCUCACUUUUAUUCCACUUCAAUCGGUAACAUAGAUCAAUGGAUUGUAAUGACAGAUAAUGGAAAUACAAUAGUGUGUUGGCACCCAGAAAAACAAUAUCCAUAUGAACAUACUUUGCCUCUUCCUGAAAUUGAACCAGAACUGAAAGAAGGAGAUUCUUUGUUAAAAAUACAAUAUCGAUUAGAAGAUCAUCAUCGUUAUAGGCCAGAAGGACCAAAUAUGGAAGAACUUCAAGCUCUUACUUUUACUACAAAACAUCGGUGGUAUCCUAAGCCUGAAAAAAAAUAUGAUGAUCCAAAUCCACCAAUAGAUAGAGAUGGGUUAUAAAUAUUUUAUAAUGUUUGUAAAGAACUUAUUGUAAUUACAAAAGUAGAAAUAAAAAUAAAUUAUACA